GUCUCCUAUGAUGUGGAUCAUUUUGUAGUUGCAACAUAACCCUCUCGUCAAUUUCAGUCAUUGGUCAUCAUAGUGGUGUCGUCUUUCGUUCAGUAAUAUUGAGAUGCUCCUUUAUGAAUUAUUAUAAAUAAAUUGUACAUAAGUGUGGCCGUCACAAUGCUGCUGAACAGAAGUGCAUAUGUAUUUCGUCAGUGUUUGCAACGCAGACCAUUUGCAGUUGGUGCAUUAAACACUCCAGAAUGUAGCAGAAACAAGUUUCAAUAUAAGCAGACUCGUGAUUUCCGAAAUUUUGGACACACUCCUAAAAAGAGUCCCAUCUAUUAUUUCAUACCGUAUACACUUUGUGGGUUUUUUAUGAUAAUCAACGUCUUUGACUGGCAACGUUAUUUAAACUUAAUACCCAUUGAGGAUCCUGAAAUAAUGCCUAAAGUGGAAGCUGCUGAAUUACCAGCUGCUGAAUUAGAAGAAAACCAGGACAAUGGAGACUUGGAAAAUACAGAACAUGAUUUACAGAAGAAGAAAAAAAACAAGAAAGAGAAGAUUGGAUUUCGUGACAGAAAGAUAAUAGAGUACGAAAAUCGUAUGAGACAUUACUCAACACCGGACAAAGUAUUCCGUUACUUCGCGACUCUCCAGGUCACGAGCAAUGAUGUGCACGAGGUGUUUAUGACUCCGGAUGACUUUUUGCGAUCGAUGACGCCCGGCGUUAAACAGCCCGACGGUCUUGGGCUGGACCAGUAUAGGCGUUACGAUCCAAAGAAUAUCCACACAAAGUUAGAAUUGGAAUUGGACGAAGAUAGUAUUUUCUACAAACUGGGCAGUGCAGGCCUCAUUACGUUCUCUGAUUACAUCUUCCUGCUGACUGUAUUGUCAACUUCCAGACGUCACUUCGAGAUCGCCUUCAGAAUGUUCGAUUUUAACGGAGACGGUGAUGUCGAUUCUGAGGAGUUUGGAAAAGUGGCUACAUUGAUACGACAACAAACUAGUAUUGGUACUCGACAUCGAGAUCACGCAACCACAGGCAAUACGUUUAAGGGAGUGAAUUCUGCGUUAACGACAUACUUCUUUGGACCACAAAUGAAUCAGAAAUUAACGAUCGAAAAAUUCCUGGAUUUCCAGCAGCAAUUGCAACGGGAGAUCUUAAGUUUGGAGUUUGAACGACGAAAUCCGGACGAGUAUGGAAAUAUUACCGAAGUGGAUUUCACGGAAUUGUUAUUGGCUUAUGCCGGAUAUCCAGCUAAGAAGAAGGCCAAGAUGCUGAAGAGAGUGAAGAAAAUGUUUAAAGAAAAUCCAAAAGGUAUCAGCAAAGAGGAGUAUCUAAAGUUCUUCCAUUUCCUCAAUAAUAUUAAUGAUGUGGAUACAGCAUUGACGUUCUAUCAUAUAGCUGGUGCAUCUAUCGAUCAAGCAACAUUGAAACACGUAGCGAAAACUGUUGCACAUGUCGAUCUAAAUGAUCAUAUCAUCCAAGUGGUAUACACGAUUUUCGACGAAAACAUGGAUGGGCAACUUAGCAAUCGAGAAUUUGUAGCAGUGAUGAAGAAUCGUGUCCUUCGUGGCUUAGAGAAACCAAAAGAUACUGGAUUUGUCAAAUUAAUUCAAUCUUUGAUGAAGUGUGCAAAAUAUAGUAAUCUCUUGUCAUUCGAUAAAUAAUUGAAGAUAUAAACAAAACUAAAAUGCUGCUUAAUUUAUGUUUAAGAGUUUCUGUAUUUUGUUGUGUUGAUAGUAAUUUAUAUAGAAAAAAAAAUGUUACUCUCUAUAUAGAAAAAGAUCUCUAUAUAGAAAAAAUGUUACUUUAUACAGAAAAAGAAAUAAAAUGUUACUUAAAAUAGGAUUGUAAUAUUUAAAAUAGAAUUAUUGCAUUUAUUGCAGCAUUUGUGUUCUUUAAGACCGGUUUUUCAAUGAUAGUUUAAACUUAGAUUUUAACUUAAACUCUGUUUAAAUAAGACAAACGCAUUGUUAGAAUAGAAUUUAAACUUGAAUCCAAGUUUAAACUGCUAUUGAAAAACUGGCCCUUAAUAAAUAUUAAACAUUUAUAUUAAUCAUAACAUUAUAUCGUGCAAAUUCUGCAUCGACGAUAUGCUAUAUUGUACUUUCACUAUUCUACUAAAUAGAGCGUGGCGUCUAAAAAAACUCGUGAGUUGUAAGAGUCACAAUUUCACUCAUCCAGUAAACAUUCAGUACGUAGCCGUAAAACUGCUUGUAUCAUUCGUUGCAAGUUAAGUUCAAGAUUAUUAAGUGUUACUAAUUCUACAACAAUGUGUAGGAAAUAUAAUCUUAAAAUAUUCUUUA